UUUGUAAUCCAUUAAUGCUGUCACUACCCCUGUUUUUAUAAUGGUUUACGCUAAUAGUAAGUUCUUGAUCGAUUUUAAUGAAAAUCUUAUUUUAAAAGUCCUCCAUCAAUUAAGAAAACAUUCCUUAUCAACGAACUCUUUGUCUUUAGUGAAAACAAAAUAAAAACAAUUGAGCGUGAUACAACGUUAUUACAAAUUACGCCUAAGGUUUCAAGAGAUUAAGAAGCCAAUUUAAGAAUAAAAUUCGCUAGUCUACUUGGAAGCUGGUACCGACAGGACAAAAAGACCGGGCAUACGACAUUGUGAAGUUUCCUGUACAAUGUUUAUAUAAAAGAAGAAAAAAAUUUUUAAAAGCAAUGAUUAGCAUGAAUCAUACAUGGAUUUUUGAUAUAUGAAAUGACCAUAAGAAGAAAAUUAUAUCAGAAUGUUAUCCAAAUAGCUCUUUAAAUAAACGUAAACAAAUUAUUCUGGAAAGAUGACAAAUAUUAUGAGAUAAUAAAAUAAUCAUGUUAACUAAUUUGUCAAAUAUUGAACUAAUCAGCAUGGAUGGUUUUGUAUCAAUAAAUUCUGAUCCAAUUGAUAAUUUAUAUAUUGCUUUGAUACAAUGCUUUGGAAUAAUAUUAUGUGGGUAUAUUGCGGGAAGAUUUAAUGUUAUUACAAAAUUAGAGGCAAAUGGUUUAAAUACCUUUGUUGGUACUUUUGCUCUACCAUCUCUGAUUUUUACAUCAUUGGCCAAGUUAGAUUUUACAUUGGUCAAUUGGAGAUUUUUACUUGCAAUAUUAGUUGCAAAAAGCUGUGUAUUUUUUACUGUACUCAUAAUAUCAUUAUUGAUUAAAAAACCAUCAAACUGCGGUCGUGCAGCCCUCUUUGCAAUAUUUACAACACAAAGCAAUGAUUUUGCCAUAGGUUACCCUAUGAUUGGUGCUAUUUAUCAAAAAACUCAUCCUGAAUAUGCUGCAUACUUGUAUCUCAUGGCCCCUAUAUCACUAGCUAUUUUAAAUCCCAUUGGUUUCAUAUUAUUAGAAAUUAGUAAACGCAGUUUAGAAGAAAAUAAACCUUGUUGGUCAAUGGUAUAUUCGGUUAUGAAGGGUGUUGCUUUAAAUCCAGUUUUAUUUAUGACAAUCCUAGGCAUCAUAGGAAAUUUAAUAUUUAGUCAUGUUAUACCAUCGUUUCUUGCUGCUAUUCUCGAAGUACUUGGUAAUGCUUUUUCUGCUAGUGCCUUAUUUCUCCUGGGUUUAAUGAUGGUAGGAAAAGUACAUAAAUUAAAAGGUACAGCUCUAGUUAUACCAGGUAUACUGAUAUCAGUAAAAUUGCUAGUACUUCCACUUGUUAUUCGAGAAUCAGUUAUUUUGUUAAAUGCUGGUGAUAAUAUUACUGAUACCAGAAAUUUAAGUACAUAUGGAUUUCUUUAUGGUACAAUUCCAACAGCACCAGCACUUUUCAUAUUUACAUUGCGCUACAAUGUAGAAAUUGAUUUAAUAGCCUCAGCUAUGGUUGCUUGUACAUUUUUAUCUGCUCCACUAAUGUUCAUAUCAGCAAAGUUAGUUAGUGCUGUUGAUGCUGGUGUAACACCAGCCAGUUACGCUCAUCAACUUAGAGUUUUCUCUUUUGAUAUAAGUACUGUAUCUAUGAUAGCUUGUAUAUGGCUGCUAAUUUGUUUUCUUGGAGUGAGUCACAAGUAUAAAAGUGUAACACACAGAUAUACUCUCUGCCUCAUAAUUGCUCAGUUAAUUACUGCAAUUGGUGUUAUAAUUUGGAGUAAACUUGAAGCAAAUGCUACUGGAUCUAUUUUAUGGUAUAUCCAAUUUAUUUUAAUUUCAUUGGGUGUAUAUGGAAGUAGAAUAUGGACAGUUGCAAUAGCAGUAACUCUCCUUUUCUUGAAUUCACAUUCAUUAUCAUUUGUCCAAAAUAUGCAAAAAUGGUUACUUCUUAGUGGUUGUGGAGUAACAGCUUUGAUUGUAUCUUUAAUGUGUAUUUGCAUAAUGCCAAAAGAACCAAUCGAAUUUGAAUUACAAAAUCCAAAUUUUCAACUUGGCAGGAGUCAAGCUGCUAUAUCUGUAGCUAUAUUGAUAUUUUGUUUCAUUGUAACAUUAGGUUGUUUAAUUCUACAACAAAGGUAUCAUUACAUAAGAAAUGAUUUAACCACAUAUAGUAGUACAAACAGUGAAGGAGAAAGAUCUAAUGUCAGUAAUGAUAACAAUGGAAGAAAUGUCAUUGAUGUAGAAGAUAUUAUAUCUCAUUCAGAAAGUACCCCAAUCAUUAAUUGUGAAUUCCAAAAUGUUUGUCCCAAUACAAUGUGUACGAUGGAUCGAAGCAAUACUUAUCCAUUUGAUUGUAAUCAAGAAGAAGAUAUAACUCCAAUAGAUUCAGAAGAUCCACAAAUAUUACGACAUUUGGUAUUCCUCAUCCUACUUUUAUGCUCUAUGUUCAUUGGUUUAUCAAUAUCUAUUAGUACAUUAAUUAUGGAUCAAAUGAUUGGUAUUUAUGCAGAAUUAGCAUUCUUAGAUAUUGCUUUAAAUUUUGGUCAAUCAUUAACAGCUUUUGCAAUAUUUGGACUUGAUCCUGGUGUCAGUAAAUUGAGUUCUUGGUUACAACAACUUCUUCACAAAUCGCACGAAAGAGAAUUACAAUUACCUGAAGAAGAUGCAUUGAGUCCAGAAAUAAAAGCUAUUCGUGAACAGUUUAAUCGGUGUCAUUUAGCUGAAUGUAGGGCACGGAUAGCAAUAUGUCGAAGAAGAUUAUUAAAAAUACAUAGAGGCGUUUUUACUGGUUCUGAUUUAGUAGAUUGGUUAUUGGAAGCUGGGUUAGCUCAAACGCGAGAAGAUGCUGUUCAUUACGGUCGGUGUCUCUUAGAAAGUAGGAUACUGCAGCAUAUUGAUGGCACACAUCAUUUUUAUGACAAAAAUUUGCUCUAUACAUUCAAUGCAUAAUGUGUUAAUACUGAUUAAUUUAGAAUAAUUUAGAAACUUUUAAAUUUCUAG